GCGUUGGAAUCCCACAUAGUUAAGUCCGUUCAAAUUAAGUUCCUUUCUCUUCCGUUAAUUUUGUUUCUGCUCACGUUGUUGGCCUUGUAAUGUGCCCUUUCUUCUCUCUCUCUCCCUGUUCCUUGUUCCUCACUCCUCUGCAAAACUUGCACCAAAGUUUGAAUCUUAAAUCCCUCUAACCGCAAACCCAGUUUUGAUUUUACGUUCCAUCGUUUAACUUGCAUGGCGUACAAAGUGGACCAUGAAUACGACUACCUCUUCAAGGUCGUAUUGAUUGGGGACUCCGGGGUUGGAAAAUCUAACAUACUUUCCAGAUUUACGAGAAAUGAGUUCUGCUUGGAAUCUAAGUCUACUAUUGGGGUUGAAUUCGCAACCAGAACAUUGCAGGUGGAGGGGAAGACUGUGAAGGCACAAAUAUGGGACACUGCAGGGCAAGAGAGGUACAGAGCUAUCACCAGUGCCUACUAUAGAGGAGCUGUUGGAGCCUUGUUGGUGUAUGACAUAACCAAGAGGCAAACAUUUGACAAUGUGCAGAGGUGGCUUCGCGAACUAAGGGACCAUGCGGACUCCAACAUUGUUAUCAUGAUGGCUGGAAACAAAUCUGACCUGAAUCAUCUGAGAGCAGUGUCUACUGAAGAUGCUCAAAGUUUGGCUGAGAGGGAAGGUUUGUCCUUUCUAGAGACUUCAGCAUUGGAGGCAUACAAUGUUGAGAAGGCAUUCCAAACCAUUUUGUUUGAUAUAUAUCACAUUAUAAGUAAAAAGGCACUGGCAGCACAAGAGGCUAAUUCCUCUACUGGCCUUCCCCAAGGAACUACCAUAAAUGUCUCGAAUAUGUCCAGUAAUGCUGGCAAUAGAAGUUGUUGCUCUAACUAAUUAACAGGGUUACCAUGUAGAAAAGGAGAGGGUGAAAAGCAAAGUUUCUCAAAAAAAAAAAAAUUGUUAUUUGAAAACACAUCAGGAAUAGUUGCUAGUUAAUUGCUACCUUUUGUCAGGUUGGUUUUUAUUUUUUGUGUAAGACGUGGGAGGAUGAUGAUCUCUAGUCUUCAACAAUCUCAAUUGAAAAUGAAUAUGAUGUGUUAACAAUUCAUGCUCUUUUCUUUGGUGUAAACUGAUUCUUGAACUGCAUGUCAUUCGGAGUUAGGAUUUAGUGGACUUUAGUCUUUAAUAUUGUAACUCUAGUGUGUAAGUUAAUGUGCUACUACUCUUUCAGUUAAUGUGCCCUUAUUCUUUCAGAUGUACGUUUCAUUUAUAAUAAAACCUUAGCGUUCAUAACACAAUUUUGUUAUCAUUAACAAAGAGAU